AUGGUGUCUAGUUAUGGGAUCAAGGUGGAUCUGAAGAAGAUUGAGGCAGUUCAAAGUUGGCCUAGACCUUCAACCGCUGCAGAUAUCUGGAGUUUCCUAGGUUUGUCUGGUUACUAUCAUCAUUUUGUGGAAGGAUUCUCAUCUAUUAAAGCCCCAUUAAGCAUGUUAACUCAGAAGGGCCUGACGAGUGCUAAUGUGGUAGCGGAUGCUUUGAAUAGGAAGACGGAGAGUACGGAGAGCUUGGCAUCUAUUCCAACUUUAGAGAGGCCUUUUACUAUGGAUUUUCAGUCUUUGGACAAUAGAUUUGAACCAAUGUUGCGAGGUGGUGCAAAGGAGGUGGCUAUUAGACAUGAUGGUGUGUUGCGACUUUAUGAUCAGAGUUGUGUUCCUAAUGUGGAUGGUUUGAGGGAGUUGAGUCUUUAG